CUGUCAUCUGCUUUCUCUAAAUACAGUUUCAUCGGUUAAGCUACGCACGUCAAUGGCCACACCUAUGUGAUAAAAAGGUAUAUAUGGUUCACAGGAGAAGUCUAGACAGCUAAAAAAAACUUCCACAACGGUGAAAUCGAUUAUGUAAUUUUGAUUCCCACAAAUAAUUCCAACCCUAUCGUGCGUUGUUCAAGUCCGCAGUCGACUGUAUUACUGAUUCUCCUACAUAUAAAGCGACCGCUUAGUUUUGCCAUCGCACAGACUUUAGUUCCUUCAUUGAACCUCCUUCUCAUGACCACUACUGACAAUUGUAAUCCCCUAACGGUUGCCAUCAUCGGGAGCGGAUUCAGUGGCAUUUGUGCUGCCAUUCAACUCAAGGAACAGUUGGGCAUCACGGCCCACGUCUUUGAAGCGUCGCAAGAUAUAGGAGGAACUUGGCACCAUAAUACAUACCCAGGAUGUGCCUGUGAUGUGGCCAGCCAUCUUUAUUCAUUUAGUUUCGCCAAAAAUCCAUCAUGGAGUCAGCGAUACAGUCCGCAACCGGAAAUCUAUGAAUAUCUCCGCCGUGUCGCCAACAAAUACCACAUUUAUGAGCAAACCAAAUUAAACACCGAAGUCGUCAAAGCCGAAUGGGUGGACGAGCGUCAGCAAUGGAAACUGGAAUUUCGUGAGCGAGGUUCGACCGAAACGCAUACGGCCUAUUUCAACCUAGUAUUUGCAGGUCUUGGACCCUUACGAGUUCCCCAUGUACCUGAAAUUUUCAAACAAUUCGAAGGCAUCAAGGUCCACACAGGCUUUUGGGACAAAAAUAUCGAUUUCACCAACAAACGGGUGGCUGUUAUUGGCAGUGGUUCCAGUGCUAUUCAGGCGAUUCCCAAGCUUGCAGAGAUUGCUUCGGAAGUGCAUUGUUUCCAACGAACGCCUGCAUGGGUGCUCGCUCGGAAACAAUAUCAUUACUCGGAAAUCGUCAAAAAGUUAUUUUUUUGGCUCCCUUGGCUCAUGACGAUUUAUCGUUUCGUGCUUUUUUUACGAAAUGAGCUCAAAUAUAUGCUUGGAUUCGGUUAUCAUAAUUCAUGGACCUAUCGUGUGCAUCAGCGUCAGACAAUCAAGCAGAUGACGAAGCGAUUGGAAGCCCAGGGACGACCCGAUCUCGUACCAAAGCUGAUACCUGAUUAUCCUGUGGGAUGUAAGCGUAUCACGCUUUCGGAAGACUACUUGGAAGCCGUAUCACAGUCGCAUGUCACAGUGAAUCGAAGCGCCAUUACCAAAGUUGAGGGACGUACUAUUACGACAGCAGAUGGAAAGGAAACAGAAAUCGAUAUUUUAUGCCUGGCGACUGGUUUCAAUGUUCAAGGUUUCCUUGGUAACUUGCAAGUGUUUGGUCGUAAUUCACAAUCCCUCAACAAGCUUUGGGAUGAAAAUUAUCCCGAUACCUUUAAAUCGGUCACUAUUCACGGAUUCCCCAACUUUUUCAUGCUAUUGGGCCCUGCUGCGGCGCUGGGCCACAGUUCAGUCGUUUCUAUGGUGGAGUGUCAAGUCAACUUUGCGCUGGACCGUAUAAAGCGUAUGCAAAGCAAGAAUUUGGCUGCCAUUGAGCCAAAGAUAGAAGCCCAGAAUGAAUUCGUGGCAACUUUGAAGAAGGAUCUCAAACCAACCGUGUGGAAUAGCGGUUGUCGAUCAUGGUAUAUGAACAAGGAUGGCGAGGUGUUCUCGCUUUGGUCUAGCACAGUUACAAAGUUCUGGUGGACGUUACGUAAUACGGACUCUUCAGAUUUCAUCGAAUAUAAACGACCCUAAGAUGAUCAUCACACGGUUAAUUCUAGCACCUGACAGCCAUAUAGCGAAAUUUCUCAACCCAUUUGUAGCAACUUUUUCAAUAAAGCAAAUGAUAAUGAAACAGGCA